UGCGUUGCAAGGCGCAUGCGCACUGGGCCGUGCGCGGCUUCUAGGACUUACCCAGAAGGCAACGCUUCGCUUUCGGGUCAAAAUGGCGGGCAGGCCGGCUGUUGCAGCGUCAAGCCGGUGGCUGGAAGGAAUUCGAAAAUGGUAUUACAAUGCUGCAGGAUUCAAUAAACUGGGGUUAAUGCGGGAUGAUACAAUAUACGAGGAUGAAGAUGUAAAAGAAGCCAUAAGAAGGCUUCCUGAGAACCUUUAUAAUGACAGGAUGUUUCGCAUUAAGAGAGCACUGGAUCUGACCAUGAGGCAUCAGAUCUUGCCUAAAGAGCAGUGGACCAAAUAUGAAGAGGAUAAAUUCUACCUUGAACCAUAUCUGAAAGAGGUUAUUCGAGAAAGAAAAGAAAGAGAAGAAUGGGCAAAGAAGUAAUUGUGUAGUUGAAAUCUGUGGAUGCAGCUAUCCUCAAAGUAUUUUUAUGAAGAUGGUUAAACCUAAAACAUACAAUUUAAGAAUUAUUUGAUUGCAGAUGUAUUACUUUAAAUAAAUGUCUAUUGAAAU